GACUAGUUUUGAUCCAACCAGCCUUCCGUCCGCCGCCGUUGGCGUAAGCCUGAGGCAAGAUGGCGGCGCGACUCCUUCACACGGCACCGAAGUGGCUAACGAGUAUCAAACUAUCACACCAAAGUCUCGCCACAUGCGGGAAAUUUCGUGUUUCCGUCAGGAGCUUGUCGGGGCUGCAGGACAGUUGGUUUAAGUCUCUGUUUGUGAGAAAGGUGGACCCGCGCAAAGACGCCCAUUCGCACCUGCUGGCUAAGAAGGAAGACAACAACUUGUACAAGAUCCAGUUUCACAACGUCAAGCCCGAAUGCCUGGACGACUACAACCAAUUAUGUGAGGGUGUGUUGCCUUCCAUCCACGCCGAUCCUGAAUACCCCUGCGAGCUUGUCGGAACAUGGAACACAUGGUACGGAGAACAGGACCAGGCAGUGCACCUGUGGCGAUAUCGAGGAGGUUAUCCGGCCCUCACGGAAGUCAUGAGCAAACUCAGGCAGAACAAGAUGUUUGCAGAGUACCGGCAGGAGCGCGGGAAGAUGUUGCUGUCCCGCAGGAAUCAGUUGCUGCUGGAGUUCAGCUUCUGGAAUGAACCAGUCCCCCGCGACGGGCCCAACAUCUACGAACUGCGAUCGUAUCAGCUCAGGCCCGGCACCAUGAUCGAGUGGGGCAACUAUUGGGCGCGCGCCAUCGAUAUCCGCCAGCAGAACCAGGAAGCCGUGGGAGGAUUUUUCUCUCAGAUCGGAGAUUUGUACCAAGUUCACCACUUGUGGGCCUACAAAGAUCUGCAGUCCAGAGAAAACAUUCGAAAUGCAGCCUGGCAGCGAGAAGGCUGGGACGAGGUCGUCUACUACACAGUGCCGCUUAUUCAGCACAUGGAAUCUCGAGUCAUGAUUCCCUUGAAGAGUUCGCCUUUAAAGUGAGCCUUGCAACCCCGUGCGGAGGAGGCGACGGUGCCAGGAGGGUGUCCCGCUUGGCUUUGCUUGGAGCGUGAGCUUCUGACGUGUGAGCAUCUUUAACAUCUUUACCACCACGGUCUUCUCCUCUGAGGAAGACUUAAGAUGACUUCCCAAGAAAUGAUUACUGGCUCGUUUUUGAAAUGAAUACAUAAAAACAGAAGGAUAAUUAAACUCCGGUUUCCCUGGCGAUGCUUGUAGUUUCUCUAUUAAACACGUUGAAGCUUCUCAAAAUGUAGAAUCCGUUGAGGAUUUGCUCAGGUUUGUUUGUCUUUUGAGCUGAGUUUAUUGAUUUCGUUGAGCUGCUAAUGGGGUGGUGAUGGGCCUGCUGCUGGCGCUUUAUGGGUGGAAGAAGAUGGGACUGUGCUAACUUGUAUGACCAUCCCUGCUUGAAUGAUUUAGUUGUACAGAAUGAAAUUAAACUUCAACUGAAUUCA